AUUAUUACCUCAAACAUGACACACGGUGUCUCUCUAUAUGUCCUCACAGUUUCCCAGCAUGCCUCAGCUGUGGAGCUGUAUGAGGGGGACUCGUUCAUCCUGCCCUGUCAGUUUGACACUUUCGAUCUGACUGACCCCUCAGUGGUGUGGAGUCGCUCCGACCUCAGUCCUCCAACCGUCCACCAGCGUCAGCGUCAAGGAGACGAACUGAAAGAUCAAAACCAGCGUUACAGCGGCCGAACAUCCAUGAAGACUGACGCUCUGGAAACUGGAGACCUCAGCCUGAACCUGACCAACCUCCAACUGUCUGACAGCGCCACCUACACCUGCUCCAUCAGAGACUUUGGAAAUGAACUGAGUCGGAGUGAUGUACAGCUGCAGGUCAAAGGUCAGCAAGAAGCUUCAGUGACUGCUGUUGAUAAAGAUUACAUCACUGAAGAGCAGUGGUCAUACUGGGAGCCUCUCGUGUUUCUCCUGGUUCUGGUCCUUAUAGUUUCCGGGGUUCUUUUAUUUCAUUUCUGUCACUAUUUCAUGUCAGGCUGUGAACGUGAAGACGGGGAUGCUGACGUCCUGUAAAGCACAGCUGACCUUCAUCAGGACGUCACAGAGGAGACGCUCUACAAACACACAAUGAUCCACACACAGACACACCUGCCUGACAAACUGCUCUUAGUGCAUCAUCACGCACACGGGAUGUGAUUUGCAGCGUCAAGAAGUCUUCAAGCGACCAAUGCGAGUACAGGAUACGACUGACUGACCUCUGGGAGGAACCACAGGCGUGGACACAGGCACACACCUCACAGCAGCUGAAGCUUUCUGCCUCUCUGUAGACGGAGUGUGUUUACUUUGACAGCAACAAUCAGAUACUACAGCAGUCAGGUGAAUUUAGAGGUUUUUCUGUGAGUAAACUGACUACAGCGGCUACAACGCCGUCCUUUGUUAACGCUGUUGGUCCAGAAACUUCCUGUUCACUCAGAACCUGAAAUAAAGGCGUCCACAUGAACAUCAGAGCCUCUGGUUUUUAUCCCCACUGACAUCAAACAGACACAAAACACUGAGUCACUAAGACGGAGCGUGUUCAGAUCAGAUGUGUAGGCAAUGAUAUGAUGGUGCCGUCUCCUCUCAGGUGGAGGUUGUUCCCACUGCUGUCCUCUCCUGCAUUUCUACCUCUGUAACGAUUACGAGCUCUACGAUAAACGUGCGCUCAUGCUUCUCAGUUAACAAUUAACUCAAAUGCAGCAUCAACCGUAUUUUUUACCCUCGUAACAAAAAGGAAUAAAGU